CCACCCACUGCAUCCAUGUAUCUGGGGGCAUGUUCAGUUUUGCUUCCCCAGAUUUGAAGACAGAUGGUUUGGUAUAACCCGCUGCUCCGUUCGCCCUGAUAUUUCUACACCGGAUUAGAUCCUUUUCGAUUGCCCUGUUAGCAUCAGAGGCGGUCGGUAGGAGUGUGAAGGGUAAAGCAGAGCAGCAGCUGAAGUGGCUUCAUAAAAGCUUAGAUCCCUGAGUGCUUUUCUGCACGGCAACACCGCCGCUAAAACACUGGAUGAGGGCUCUUGCCUCAUGUUUUUUUAAAUCUGUUGGUUCCUUUCUUCUUUGAGAUAUUUUCUAAUGGGAAUUAUAUACAUGACGGACAUUUUCUUCCACAUAAGGGCCUGAUACAGUCCAAGACCAGAAUCAACCUUGCCUAAUAUAAGAUCAAUCUUGCACCCGAAGGCUGCCACAAGUGGCUGCACAGCGACUGCAUACUCAAUAAUGCAUUGAGUCAAGCACAGGAAUGAGAAGGAGAAAGUGUGUGUGUGUGUGUGUGUGUGGGGCCCUGUGAUCCUGUUCAACAGAUGUAUGUCCAUUAACCAGGAGAAAGUGGGAGCGAUUAAUCCUCGUUAAUGCAGCAAUUGGAUGCCAAGUGGAUGGGAAUCCUCUAAGCAGAUGCUGAGAGAAGCAAUGACUUGGGUGCAGAGAGAUACCCAAAAAGUAUACUUUGGAAGACAUUAAUCCUGACAAAGACAAGAGAGAGAUUUCAUCCUUUUAAAGAAUCCUACUCGUGAAUCAGUCAUCGCCAUGGUGAACACCGGAAUGCAACUGAUCAGCUUCACCUGCGCCGUGACCGGCUGGAUCAUGGCGAUAGCCGUCACGGCGCUGCCCCAGUGGAAGGUGUCGGCCUUUAUCGGCAGCAACAUCCUAACGUCAGAAAUUAAAUGGGAGGGCAUCUGGAUGAGCUGCAUAUACCAGACUACUGGUCACAUGCAAUGCAAGACAUAUGACUCCAUGCUGGCUUUGCCUCCUGACAUCCAGGCCGCACGUGCCCUCAUGUGUUUGGCGAUUUUCAUGGGCUGGCUUUCCUGCACCGUGUCCUGCUGCGGAAUGAAAUGCACCACCUGCGCCGGGGACGAUCGACAAGCCAAAGCGGGCAUCGCGCUCUCUGGCGGCAUUCUAUUCAUCCUGACGGGGCUCUGUGUUCUCAUUCCCAUUUCCUGGACUGCUAACACAGUCGUGCAGGAUUUCUACAACGCCAACGUGCCCGUGAUGCACAAACGAGAGUUGGGUCAGGCUAUUUAUCUGGGGUGGGCAGCUGCUGCGAUUCUGAUGAUCAGCGGCGCAGUGUUAAGCAGUACGUGCCCCCUCAUGGAGAGAGGUGGCAGGUACCGCAGGGGCUACGUGGGCCGCAGCUUCGCUAAUUCACCUACGUCGGCACCAAAUCUACCCAAAACCAUCACAUCUACGAGUCUCCCACUUAAGGAGUAUGUGUAGCGAGCAAACAAUAUGUCUGUCAAGAAAUGACCGGUAUUAAAUUACUCAGUGCUUGAUGUAUGUAUUUGUUUAAACUUGUCCUGUGCAUUUCAAGCGCCUGAAAAAAACUGUUAGAGCAACAAACAAAAAAAUCAGCAGGCUUCUACAAUAAUUUGUUUUAUGAUAAUGAUUUCCUCUCUUCUAAAAGCCUUGAUUGAGUUUCUUUUCAUAAUUCACAACUGAAAUAAAAGCAGUUUGUUAAAGUGUG